AUGUCCGCCACACAAGGCGCGGCUGGCCGGCAGUGGCAAGUGGCCCUUAGCCUGCUUCAAGAGAUGCCUCAGCGAACCGUCCAGCCAGAUGCAGCCUGCUUCGGAAUUGUGGCUGGCUCCUGUGAACGUGUGGGUCACCAUUCGUUCUCGUCCAAGCUGCUCGCGGACAUGUGCAAUGUGCCCGAAGCAACAACGCUCGCCAUUGGCUUUACUUUUGCUAUGAGCGAAGCCAAUCGCGCCAACUACUGGGAGCGCUCCCUUCAUUUGUUCAGCAGAGCCUGCCGUUUGCAACUCUCGUUGGACACAACCGCCUUCAGUGCUGCCUUGGCUGCCUGCCAGACAGGAUCCGCCUGGCAUCAGAGCUUAGCGAUCUUGCACAUGCUGCAGGACCAGGUUUGGUCAUCUAGCCCUGGAAGCUUGGUGGUUGCAUACUCUGCGGCCAUUGGUGCCUGUGUGCACCGCGGCCAAUGGGCCUUGGCUCUCCGCUUGCUGGGACGAUGCCAGCAAGAAACAGCACAGUUUAAAGAGGCGCAGCAACCGCUGUUGGUUGCAGUGCAUACUGCCUUAAGUGCAGUGGCGGAGACGUUGCACUGGGAGAAGGCUCUUGAGCUAUUGCCAGAGAUGGCAGAGGCUGAGGGUGCUGCGCGCCUGGCUGUUCAGCGAGCCACCAACGCUGCUGCUUUGGCAUGUGGGCGAAGCGCAGCGUGGCAGAAGGCCUGUGCUCUACUGGAUUUGCCACUGGUGUGCCAGGCUGCGCACGGAGCCCACGCAGCUGCUUCAAAAAGCAUUGGCCAUGCUUUUGCCGCAACAGCCUGCGAGCGCUGCGGUAUGCAAAGUUUGCCACAGCGGCUGCAAGCUGCUGCAGUGGAAUGGACCCAUGCACUUGCCUCCGGGUCCAGCACAAAGCUGGUGGCAGACACAGCGCCUGUGGUGGUGGUUCUGGAAAGCAGUGGCCUUGUGCGCAGCUCUUGUAGGCUCUUUGCUCCGUUCCUGUCAUUGGUGCUUCGAAGACUUCGGAGCCCUAGCAGAGCUCGGGAUCUAGGUCUUGCUGGCCUUGCAGACCUUGGCCUGGUUUCGGCGCGGCUGGUGGAGGGCUACGAGAUUUUCAUCAAGUUUUUGCCUCCUUCGGCCACAGCUGAUGCGCUGAAGAGAUUCUUCUCAGAGGCUGGCGACAUUGUCGGAGAGCCUCGCAUAAUGCUUGACAGCAAGACCGGGAAUUGCAAGGGCAUCGCUUGGAUCACAUUCAGCAACAAAGCGGCCUUCGAUGAGGCAUUGAGCUGGAGCGGGUGUGACUUCAAGGGCCGCAAGCUGGAGAUCAAAGCUGGCAAGCAGUUUCACACCGGCAUCCGGCCUUCUGUACAAGCGGCUGGUACACACACGCCAGCCCUUUGCGAAGAGGUUGUCAAGAAGCUGGUUUCACCCAAUCCAGGUGGAAUCUACGUUGAUGGCACCUUUGGUCGCGGAGGUCACAGCCGAGCAAUGCUGGCGGCCAUGUCCCCCUCCGGGUCGCUGCAUGCCUUCGACAUGGAUCCGGAAGCCAUUGCAGUGGGCAAAGAACUCAUGCAGGCUGACUCCCGCUUCACCAUUCAUCAUGCGCCUUUCAGCUCGAUGAAGGCAGUCCUUAAGCCGCUGGGCGUGAAACCCUCUGGCGUUCUGUUUGACCUGGGCAUCUCCUCGCCCCAGUUUGAUGAUGCCGGCCGGGGGUUCCGUCCGGAGGCUGACGGACCCCUAGACCUGCGCUUCGACCAAAGCCAGGGUCUCACAGCCUGGGAUUUCUUGAUGUCUGCAUCGCGAGAGGAGAUCAUCCGUGUGAUCUCCGAGUAUGGUGAGACGUCAGAUGCUGCUGCCUCACAGCGGAUCGCAGAUGUUCUUUGCUUGGCGCGCGCCCGCGAAGCCUUGCCGCAACGAACUCGCGAAUUUGCAAUGCUGGUGGCUCAGGGCAAGGGACCGGAAUACCAAGCCAUGCACCCUGCGAAGCUGACCUUUCAGGCCUUGCGCAUCCAUUUGAACAACGAGUUUGGCGAGAUGCGAUCAGGGAUCCAUGCUGCGUUUAGCCUUCUGAACGAGGGAGGCCGAAUUGGUUUGAUCUCCUGGAAGCACUCUGAGUGUGCGAUCAUCAUGGACAUUUUUCGCUCUCUUGAAGCUGUUCGUGACAAGGAGCCCCUUCUAAAGUGGUACAGUGCACAAGCUGCGGAACCACUUCCCGAGAGGUGGUCCAUGGAGAUGGACGAGACGACCCGACCAUCCGAGCGGGAGUUGCAGACCAACUCAAGAUCUCGUUCUGCUUUGCUCCAUGUGUUGCGAAAGCGUCGCAUGCCGCGGCUAGCUGACUUGGAGCAACUGGCAUACGCUUUGCCAGCUUGGUGCAGCGUAACUGAGCCGUCCAGCAGCUCGGUGCCAAAGAAGCGGCGCAAAGUCUCGCCUGCAGAAGCACAGAGCUCAGGUGCCCCCCUUGUGGUGGCUGACGGCAUCGAAACUCGAUGGCCUUGCGGUCGCUGUGGCGUUCGAGGCCACCGGCUGAGCGAGUGCCCCAUGUCUCACAUGGAUGGCUGCAAUCACUGCGGUCAGGCUGGGCACACAACGAAAUUCUGUACCUUUGGUUCCAAACCUUUGGAACGCUUCCUAUUUUGCGAAGCUGUGAGGCCACACUUGCCGUGCUUUUGGCGACGUUUUCUGGUGCCACUACAGCGUGCUGAUGCUGAUGCGUUCAAAGCAGAAGAUCCUCGCACUUCUGGGCGUGCAGAUGUUGGCCUUCGCUGCCUCUCCGCAGCUCUCUUUCGAAGCCAAGGUGUACGGCACAACACCCAGGCAUGCCUUUCUUUUGAGAAGAGUGGGCACACCCUGGAAGUCUCUGGAGCUUUAGUCAGAGGCCUAGUCCCUGAUGAGCCUCACCUGGCAGAGCGCGUCCGCUUGGCCUUGAAUGGUGAGCCGAUGCCUGAUCCUUCUCAAGAGCCAGAGGCAUGGUGUACAAGUCCUUUGCGGGGCAUGGAAGCUCGGAAGCGCUCCACAAAAGCAGCCUUGAAGGCGGCCUUGCGGAAAGCAGACGAGAGUCCAGGACGAGUGGUAAUGCUGCUUCUGGAUGCGGAUGGUGAGCCCAUCGCGGAGGUGCUGAAGCAAGUCCGAAGGGGCGGUGCUGUUCAAGGUCUUGUGGUGCUGGUGGGCGAUCACCGUGGCUUCACGGGCGAAGACAUGGAAAAAUAUGAGAAGGUCGCUCUGUCAUCUGGCGCAGAUGUCAUUCGUGCUUCGUUGGGCGGCACAACACUCCUAGGUUCCCAUGCCAUCGUCAUCCUGCAGCACUACUUGGACGAGCACAUGCAUCGCUGUGAGGUAGCCAAGCAAGUGGACUACGGUCGUGGACGGUGA